GACCACUCUGCUGAAAGUGCGCGAGGCGAGGAGGCGCUGAGCUCGCGCGGUGAGGAAUCUGGGGCGGAGGCUGGUGGACGGAGUCCCACACAGAAAGAAACGGCCGUCCGGUUUUUCCUCUGUGUUAGCAGCGAGUGAAACAUGGCAGGGAUGACUCGGAGAACGGGAAAGUCAAAGGAGGAGACGCUGAUUGAGAUGAGCGAGGCCGGUUCUCCAAGUGGCGGUGAGUGGCCAGAAGAAGAACCACUAAAUAACGAGGAGAACAAUGGCUACCAUUCCACUUUGGACAGUGGAUCACAGCAUGAUGAUGCCAAGGUGGAUAAACAGCAACAGAGUAAGGACUCUGUGUACUUCAGAGAUGGCAAACGACGGAUCGAUUUUGUUCUCUCAUAUGUCGAAGAUAAAGAUGACAGAAAACAGGAGAGAAGGAAACUGUACGAAGCCAACAUGCAGAAAGCAGGACUGGAACUGGAGCUUGAGGACAAAUCGGAAUCUGAAGAUGGAAAGACAUUUUUUCUAAAGAUCCAUGCUCCUUGGGAGGUGCUGGCCACCUACGCUGAUGUGCUGAAAAUCAAAGUGCCUUUCAAAGUCAAUGAUAUCCCAGAGAACAGAGAGAUUCCUGUUGGCUGGCUCUUCACACCCUUACGUCUGCCUGAUCAUGUGAUGCAUCCUGACCCAGACUACUUCACAUCAUCUUUUGACAGUAACAAGCAUGACUUCUUCCUUAUUGAAGACAAGGAGACCUUCUUCCCCAACUCCACACGGAACAGGAUAGUCUACUAUAUCCUGUCUCGCUGCCCCUACAAUAAAGAAGACAGGCUCAACAAGGACAAGAGGGGCAUUAAGCGGCUGUUGAACAACGGAACCUACACUUCAGCCUUCCCACUGCAUGAUUGCAGGUACUGGGUAAAGUCUCGGGACCCUAACUGUGAGAGUGAGCGGUAUAGCCUGUACAGAUACUGGGCUCGGUUUUUCCGAUUCUACAAGGAGCAGCCACUCAAUCUCGUCAGGAAAUACUAUGGAGAGAAGAUUGGAAUCUAUUUUGCCUGGCUGGGCUUCUACACUGAGAUGCUGUUCUAUGCUGCUGUGGUUGGACUCAUCUGCUUCAUCUAUGGAGUAGCGACUUAUGACAACACAGUUUGGACGAAAGAGAUCUGUGAUAAAGACAUUGGUGGCGAGAUUGUUAUGUGUCCUCUCUGUGAUAAGAAAUGUGGCUUUUGGAAACUCAAUAGCACAUGCAACUCCACCUGGCAAUCACAUCUCUUCGACAACACAGCAACCGUAUUUUUUGCUAUAUUUAUGGGUAUAUGGGUCACCCUGUUUCUGGAGUUUUGGAAGCGGCGGCAGGCCAGGCUUGGGUAUGAGUGGGAUCUGGUGGACUUUGAGGAGGAGCAGCAGCGACUACAGCUUAGGCCUGAGUAUGAGACCAAGUGCACCAGCCGACGCCUCAACCGUGUCACACAGGAGAUGGAGCCUUACUUCCCUGUAACAAGCAAGUGUGCUCGCUUAUGCCUGUCUGGGGCUACUGUCUUAUUCUGGAUCUCCCUAAUUAUAGCAAGUAUAAUUGGAGUGAUAGCAUAUCGGCUGGCUGUGUUUGCUGCAUUGGCCAGCGUCAUGAAGGACAGCCCUACCAAUAAGCUGGAGCUGGUGGGCUCACUCAUCACCCCACAGCUGGCCACCUCAGUCACUGCUUCUUGCAUCAACUUUGUCAUCAUUAUGUUGCUUAACUUCCUAUAUGAGCGAGUGGCCAUAUGGAUCACAGAUAUGGAGGUCCCUAAAACACAUGUGGAGUAUGAGAACAAGCUGACUGUCAAGAUGUUCCUCUUCCAGUUUGUUAACUACUAUUCUUCCUGCUUCUAUGUGGCCUUCUUUAAGGGAAAGUUUGUAGGCUACCCAGGAAAAUAUACAUACAUGUUUCAUAUCAGCAACCUGAGGAAUGAAGAGUGUGACCCUGGUGGUUGUCUGAUUGAGCUGACCACUCAGCUGGUCAUAGUGAUGACUGGUAAACAAGUGUGGGGGAACAUCCAAGAGGCUCUGCUUCCCUGGCUGAAGAACUGGUGGAGCAGCCGUAACGCUCGCAGUCACCCUGAGAGUCUUUACAGCCGCUGGGAGCAGGACUAUGACCUGCAGAACUUCAGCCAGUUUGGCCUUUUCUAUGAGUACCUGGAAAUGGUAAUCCAGUUUGGUUUUAUCACACUCUUUGUGGCCUCCUUUCCACUGGCUCCCCUCUUGGCUCUGAUGAAUAAUAUUUUGGAGGUGCGUGUGGACGCAUGGAAGUUGACUACUCAGUUUCGUAGACCUGUAGCAGCAAAAGCCCACAGCAUUGGAGCCUGGGAUGAAAUUCUCAAUUUGAUUGCUGUCUUCUCCGUGGUCACCAAUGCAUUCAUUGUGGCGUUUACCUCCGAUAUGAUUCCUCGGCUGGUAUAUUUCUACGCUUAUCAUCCAGGCACUGAGCUCACCAUGCAGGGCUAUGUCAACAACAGCCUGUCUGUCUUCAAAAUCUCACAAAUUUCUACUGAAAGUACACCGGAUCCUGGUGAGAAUCCUGCUUGGUUCAACAGCUCUGUGAUUACCACCUGCAGGUACCGUGAUUACCGAUAUCCUCCAGGCCAUGAGCAUGAGUACUCCCACACCAUGCAGUUCUGGCACAUCCUAGCAGCCAAAAUGGCUUUUAUUAUCAUUAUGGAGCACGUGGUGUUUGUGGUGAAAUUCUUUGUGGCGUGGCUGAUUCCGGAUGUGCCAUCUGAUGUACAGGCUCGAGUAAAGCGUGAGCGCUACCUGGUCCAGGAGUACCUACACAACUAUGAGGUGGACAAGCUGAAAAAACAGCUGAAUCAGAAGGGAGAGGAAGGCCAAUGCAUCUGUCCAGAAAUAGCUGCCACUGUGAAACAUGAGGUGCUGUCUGAAUGCCUGACCUAGUCCAAGCCUCAUUUCACUUUUUUUUCUAUCAGGCACUUACCUCGACCUUGGACCCAGACUGUUCUUGCCAUGAUAUCUCUAUAAUCAGUCAUACACAAAUCCAAAGUGAAAAUACAGAUCUCAGAUCAGAUCCUUUCUGCCUAUACAAAUGUACUCAUUUGGACUAGAGAGGUGAAGAUCCUACAUCAGCACUCUUACUUUGAGAAGUCGGAUGCAUAAAGCCCAGUGUGGUAUAUCUUUACAUUUGACCUGUGGACUCAUGCAUUUCUGAUUUUGGCUAAGUGGUUGGUAUUGUGUAGUGGGUAACACCUCUUCUUUCUAUGCUGUAGACUGGGGUUCAAUCCCUGCCUGGGUAAACACUCUACACUAUACCAAUAAGAGUUCUUGGACAAGACUCCUAAAACUACUUUUGCCUACCUGUGAAAAAGGUUUCAAUUGUAGGUUGCUCUGGAUAAGAGUGUCUGUCAAAUGCCGUAAAUGAUUCAGUUGUUCUCUCCACGCUGUGUCUAAAUUUCAGUUUCUUAGUUUACAAAAUGUCCUUUUUAUUUCUGUUUUAUUUUUGUUUUUAAACAUUUUUUAUAAUCGUUCAGAUAGUGAGUUCCUUGAACCCAUUAUGCAACCAAAGACAAGAUGCCUUAUUUACAUCUAUAGCUUGUAUUUCUCUAUGCAAGGCAGAAACUGAAUAUGAUAUCAAUACUGAUGCCUAUAAGAGUAAGCUUUCAGAUAAACAGAGGAGAAAUUUCAGGUUGUAAUUAUUUCUUGUUUCAUCCUGUGUAGUUCUCUCUAAGUACAUUUUACAUAUUUUUGCCUUUGAAAUCACAGACAAUUAAAAAAAUGACCUUUAUAAGCUUUCAAAUAAAUAGCACUAAAAUGUAAAACAGUAUUUUCACAAUCAUGACACUGCACAGUUGUCACAUCACUACAAAGUGUCUUAGCAUGCAACUUCACAAGGCAGUCGCAAGAAGGUUUUUUCUUCUUUUCUGUAGAACUUACAGUACAUUUAUGCCAAAUAUGAGUGAGUGCACUCCUUGCAGUGAGUGCAGUCCUUAAGUGCAGUGUGUCUUCUGCCAGGUGAUGUCACUAGUGUAUUCACACUAUCUAUUUACAGAAAAGACAGUUUUGCUGAUGAUGGGUGAAAGCAAUCAGCACCUCAAACCCUGUGAACCAAAUAUACCCAAAUCUUACUUUGCAAAGCCCAAGUGUUAGUAUAGUGAAGAGUAAUCGGAGUUUAAUGUAUGACCGAAAGCAGACUAGCCACGCUAAUGGCUUUUAAUGUGCCUUUGUUUAUCUACAUGUGUAUUCCAGUGGAUGAAAGUCCAGCUGUAGUCAUGGCGUCUUUGUGAGUGUCUUUGUUCCUUUGGUUUUUCUUUUCAUUUUCUGUUCAUUUUACGGGUCAGAGGACAUAAAAAAUUUUAUAAUGUUUUUGUCUUGCACAAAGCACUUAAUGAAGAAGGGGUUUUGUGUGAUUAAUGUAUUUACACUACAGUAUCAGUGUUGCUGUAAUAAAAUGUUUGAAAUCAAGGGGAGAGACACCAUGUGUUGUCCAGGUCUACCAUGUAUGGAAGAGAUUAGGGGCUGGGUGGAUGUGAAUUACUGUAAAUGCUUUGCCAAAUCUAUCUUCACUGUUCUGGUCUCUUUUAAGCAUUAUGUAAAAUGGUAAUGUGGGUAUCAUUCAGGCACAUGCACAGACACCAGCCCUUACUGAGGCAUAUGAUUUUUGGCCUGAAACAGCCAAAGUGCCCUUUUAGCUUGUGCUUCCAUUUUUUGUCUUUUGAAACAUGUGCUCUACAUGCUUUAUGUGCUCUACAGAAAGUAUGUACAUAGCCCUAUUGAAAACAGACGAAGCCCAGUUUUACCAUAGUGGCAAAUUCUAAUUGGCUUCUGCAAAAAUAAGUAGAACAAUAAUUGGUUCUCAUUAGGUAAAGGUUUAAGUAAAUGUCACUCUCCGGUUGUGCUAAUGUGUGUGACUUGAAUUCUAAAUGUUUUCUGCCAGUUUGGCUAAUUUGUUUUUUUUCCAGUUUGCCUUUGAUUGGUAAGGAAUUGUGACUGUUAAAUUAUUUAAAGAAAUUUAGCUGUUUACUAUGCACGUUUCUACAUGAAUGCUAUAAGCCAUACACAUAUUCUCUAUGCAUCGAAAGAGGUCGAAUGCCAGAAAAGCUGUACAUGCUAGUGCUUUCCUACACAAUCCUGCCUGUAUGUUCAUGCUAUCUGCUGGUCUUGGUCUGUGAUGUGGAUAUUGUGGGUCCAGAUUGGACCUUAUCUGUAAUGACAAUAGAAGACACUUUUCAUGUCAAAUUCAUCUUAAUAUUGUUACCCAUAUUUCUUUUUCUUUUCUGUUUUUUUUUAACACAGAUCAAUUUUAUAAUGCUGGUUAAAGUGAAGUAGUUACAAAGUUGUUCUUGGACGUGGACACAAAUAAAAAAUCAAAAAGCCAAUUCUGUGUUUUUUUUAUACAUUCUGACAUAAUUCUGUUCUGUUCUGUUGUACUGUCUGUAUCCCAGUCAUGCAAAUAAAUUAAUUGCUUAAAUGA